CCAAUGACAGCACUGACAGUAAACACAAGAAACAGAGAGGAGACUGUCACAGAUCUUCACAGAUUGGAUUAAGCGGUCUAUAUGAUCUAAUCAGUACCGACAGACAUGGAGGAAAGAGAAGACAGUACCAUGAGUACCACAUGCGGUGCUGUCUCAGAAUGGAGAGCAGUGUCCGAUCCAAAACAAGCUGGUUGGCUAUUUUCACAAGACCUUCUCCACAGCAACAGAAAUUCAAUCAACCUAUUUCUGAGCGUGGACAUCAGACAAGACAAAGAGGAGCAAGACCAAACUUUAAUCAAGUUCUACAAGAGAGACAAUGUUCGGUGGACGUCGCCACUACGAUGCAAACUUCUAGGUGAUGUUGCAUCAGGAAGUGGGGUCGACCGUCACAUGAUGUCAACAGUGAUUUUCAAACUUAUGAGUGGAUUUCAUAAAAACUUAGAAAAUGCAGCCAUCACAAAAGUCUUCGAAGGUGAGCCUGAUCAUCUCGUCCCCUCAGUUUCAGAGUCACUCCUUGACAAUAACAUGUUCGCAGUCGCAGGCCGGAUGAUCGGCCAUUCCUUCUUGCAUCACGGCCCGAGUUUCCCUGGACUUAGCCCAGCCAUAAUUCACAUCCUCUUUGGCGGUUCGUUGGAAACAACUCCUGUGACAAUACGAGACUGCCCUGACCUCGACGUCCGAGACGCUGUGAAAAUGCUUGAUGGAGAUGCCGAGUUAAACGAAUUUGACGCCAUCCAUCAGCUCUGCCUGUCGUGGGACCUGCCAGCACCAAAUGCCACCAACAGGAAAUGGCUGUCUAAAAAGCUUCUCCUGCAUGCUGUUAUCGAGCAAACAAGGCGUCAAAUCAAUCAGUUCCAAAAAGGCUUAAAAGAGACAGGACUGUGGCCACUUCUCGUUCACAGAAGAGACGUAAUCCCAAUCCUGUUUCCCAGGGAAUCAGAAGCACAAGUGACACCUCAGAUGGUCUUGGAUUGCAUCACAUGGCCAACGUCUAUAACUGUCUUCUUCGAGAGCUACAAAGUUGAAGACGAUGGCGAGUCCAAUGUCAUGGAUGUAUGUCGAGUAUCUGGCUACUUGAAAACAUUUAUCGAAAACGCGUCUCCAGCUGAGCUAAAGAGCCUCAUAAAGUUCUGGAUAGGAUGGGAGGUGCCGGCCACAGAGAUGAAGGUGGAAAUAGUUGAGGCCACACUUCCGACAGCUUCAACAUGUUUUGAGAAGCUGAGACUGCCGAGGCAUUACACGGUGUACAAAGCAUUUCGUCAGGAUUUGUGUGCGUGCAUAUCAACCAGUUACAGCGGUUUUGGUUGUGCCUAAAGUGGGAUAAUGCUCACUUUAAAUGUGUGUGGAUUGAGUGUGUGGAACUUGCCAAGGUGUGUGGUGCACCGUGUAUAAUAAACCUAUCUUUGAUUA